AUGUCGACUUCAAUCACCUCCUUUCAACAUCCACCACACAAUUCUCCAGAUCUUGUCGAACACCUAGAACACUCACACCCCGAAGCAGAAUCACGGAUAGGAUCCGCCUCCGAAACAGAUUCAGAUUCAAGGUCGGAAGCAAGUAUAAGCUCAUUCCUAUACCUCUUCCUGCUAAACAAGCGAUUACGAUUUCUCGCUCCAAGAGUCAUCUUUGAUGAUUUCUGGUGGGAUUUCUGGGUAUCAGCUAGAAAUCGCAAAGCCCAAUUCCUCAAGGACCGGGGCUUCGUGAGAUACUCGGACGAUAAGCUGGAAGACUAUCUCUCUACGACUGAAGACGAACUGAAUUACGCAUCUGUCGACCAGGAUCCAGAAGAAGAAGCAGGAGAAGAGGUAUUUGAAAAAUUGAGGAAUAGUGGGAAUACACUUACCAUACAGGAUAAAAGACGUAGAAUCGAAGAUUGGUUGAUUAGACUGGUUGAAUAUCAACGUGUAUCAGGUCAGGAGGAAGGAUCGCAGAGCCAAAGUAGACAAACAUCAAAGACUAGUGUGAACGAGAGGAAAGGACGAAGAUUAGAAGACGAUAAUCAAUGCAUCAUCACCAUGUCUCAACCUUCUGCUAAGACUACCACUGAUCAGGCAUACUGGAAUUUACCUGAUAGCAUCACGCCCAUACAGGUCUUACCUGAUCGAUAUACGCAACCUGCUGAUGCUCAAGCUGAGAAUCUCAAAGGAAAAGAAUCUGAUCCUUCUAGAAUGGGAGUGUUCGUAUGUUUACUUGAUGAUAAACCACAUCUUCAUCCAUCUUUAAUCUCCUUACAUAAACAUCGUCUCAACAUACACCACAUCCCAUUACCACCUGACCCAUCUAACGAUCUGCCAAUACCAAAAUCAAUUCCAUCUCCUCACACGGCAGAACCACCUCAAACAGAUGAAGAUAUAUCUAUGACAACUACCUCGCCUAUCUCCACAACACAGCAAAAGCUAGAAACGCCAGUCGAAUGGUUCAUGUGGAAGUUCUCGGAGGAAGAGGAGAACAGGAGGAAAAGCUAUUUACCACUUGCUUAG